ACCACUCAUAUCUCGUAAACGCGACGUUGCCAUUCCGUGCUACGAACAUGAUUAAACCUGUUUGUAGCCACGAUAGUUAUUCCCCAGUCGACGGCGCGCUUCCGCCGAAAACAGUCGCGCUGUGAGGUGUUUUGUGUUUUGCGCCAAAAAAAGUUGAAAGAAUGGGUCGAACAAAGAAGCUAGAAAGAAAAAUUGGGGGACAUAGUGCACAAGAUAUGCAGAAAGCUAUCCAACUUGUAAAAGAUGGUAGGAGCAUUCACAAGGCUGCGGUUGAAUGUAAUUUAAAAUAUUCUACACUCAGAAGAUAUGUGAAAAGGCACGAAUUAAAUGACGAAGCAGGAUUUGUUCCAAAUUACGAAGUGAAUGCGGUGUUCACACAUGAACAGGAAACAAUUUUAAAAAACUAUAUCAGCGAAUGCGCCCUUAUGUUCUAUGGGCUUACUGCAAAAGACACUCGGCGAUUGGCAUAUCAAGUGGGGACGGCCAAUAACCUUAAGGUUCCGCCCUCUUGGGUGAAAAACAAAAUAGCUGGAGUUGAUUGGUUGAGGUCUUUUAAAAAACGACACAGUGAGUUGAGCUUAAGAAAGCCCGAAGCAUGCAGCUUGGCACGGGCUACAGCGUUCAAUAAAUCGAAUGUAAAUCGAUUUUUUGAGAACUUAAAAAUAGCCAUGGAGCGAUAUCCAGGAUUUGGGAACGGAACUCGUCUUUACAAUCUCGACGAAACUUCAACUACAACGGUGCAACGCCCGCAAAAUGUCUUAGCACCAAAGAGAAGCAAUGUAUGUAAAGUUACAAGUGGUGAAAGGGGCGUAUUAGUAACCACGUGCUGUAUAGUUUCCGCAUCCGGCCAGGCUUUGCCUCCAGCCAUGGUUUUUCCCAGGAAAAACUUUAAAUCGCAUAUGCUUCAUGGUGCGCCUCCUGGCACACUUGGUCUAGCUGCGUCUACUGGCUGGAUGAAUGCAGAGAUAUUCGUAGAAGUUAUGCAGCAUUUUGUAAAGCACACCUGUGCAUCAAAACAAAAUCCCGCCCUGUUAAUACUUGAUAAUCACGAAAGCCAUCUUUCACUGGAAGCUCUUGACCUUGCUAAAUCUUCUGGAGUUACAAUUCUUACUGUUCCACCGCACACUACUGCAAAACUUCAGCCCUUAGACGUAGGCCUAAAUGGACCCUUUAAAACUUAUUAUAACGCCGCGGUCGAUUCGUGGCUGCUUCAAAAUCCAGGCCAAACACUUACUAUCUACCACAUAGCUAAGUGUGUAGGAGAGGCAUAUCUGAAGGCAAUGACGCCAAUAAAUAUCACCAACGCCUUUAAGAAAUGUGGGAUCUUUCCAUAUGACAAUUCCGUUUUUACAGAAGAGGAUUUUUUGCCGAGCUCAGUCACUGACAGACCAGAACCAGGCAAGGAAAAUAAUUCUACAACAGACAUAGAAGACGAAAUAAAUGAGCCAAUCUCACCUUCAAUUUUGUUAUCAAUACCAUCACAAGAAAUUGAAGAAGCCAUUGAAGUUCGAGCUUCAUCGGUGAUAACCGUUGUUAACAAUAAUCCACAACCGGAAGCGGAUGCAAACAUUAAAGACGUGCUAUCCCAACAAUUUCCAAAAGAAAUCUUGGGACCCCAAGCCUCAACUUCUAAAGAGGUAAAAUGUUUUGCAAAGUUUACUACAAAUUCGCUGAGCCUCUUGAACCAGAUAUGGCCGGGGUCACGAAGAAUGAUAUUAAAUUUAUAUUGCCUACCCCCAAAAUCGAUGGUAGUAGCCGUCGCCAAAAUACAUAUAAAUUUGCAGUUAACCUAGCACUACUGAACUUUCCAUAUUGAUUUUGUCACUCUCAGCAUUGCUUUAGUUUUUUGUUGAUUAUUUUCUUUAAGAAUUGCUUUAGUUUUUUGUUGAUUAUUUUCUUUAAGAAUUGCUUUAGUUUUUUGUUGAUUAUUUUCUUUAAGAAUUGCUUUAGUUUUUUGUUGAUUAUUUUCUUUAAGAAUUGCUUUAGUUUUUUGUUGAUUAUUUUCUUUAAGAAUAAAAAGUUUUAUAUUGAUUAAAAUAAUUGAAGACUGUUUAAAAUUAAGUUUAUUUUACGAUGGAUCUCAUAGAGUAAGUUUUAUAAUAAUUAUUAAAACUUGCUCAAGUCUAAAAAACUCGUUGAUUGUUAAAGUUUAUUUGAUAUUGUUAUAAAUAAAACUAAUGUUGACUACAAAAAUCUAAAUAAGAAGAAGUAAAUAAAAAUAUGACUCUUUAUACUUUUAUAACGCCUACUUUGUAUACAUUUAUAGUAUUAGACACUUUGGUGAAUAAAGUUCAUUUCAUAUUGUCAA